AAAGAAAAGAAAAGAGAAAACGAUGAAGGAAACUUCCUGAUACGUAGAACGGUAAACGAUUUCCAAACGAUCGAUCAGUCGUUCUUGAACGAGCUCUAGAAAGGAAAGAACGCGGCACCAGCGAAGGUUCGACAAUCGCUCCGUUUUCUUUCACUCUUUUGUCACACACAACAGAAAUAAAACGGGUUAGACGGGAUCAAGACGCGCGUGCGCUAGCUAGAUCGCGAAUGAUCUAUCAAUCAAGACAACGAGAGAAAAAAAGUGACGCGUUUAGUACGUAAGAUAUGCACAAAACUGAUAAAAUCCAAAGUGAACGGGCCGAAUACAUAUGAAUUCACGUAAAUCUUGUGUAUCAUCGCAAAUGUGUGCGUGUAAAUGUGUAUAUUUGUUAUGUCAACGUGCAUUACGAUCCAUCGAUUCCUUUCAAAUUCGAUCAUCAAGAUAAAUAGAUCGACGAGAUGAGCGCGGGAAAGAAGCUCAAGUAUCCCAAAUCGGUAUUUUUCAUCAUCAGCAAUGAAUUCUGCGAGAGAUUCUCUUUUUAUGGAAUGCGUACGGUCCUGACGUUGUAUCUUCGAAAUGUUUUAAACUACACUGACAACACUUCGACCGUGAUCUAUCAUAUCUUCACGAUGUUUGUUUUUUUCUUUCCAUUAUUCGGAGCUAUCCUAGCAGAUUCCAUACUUGGGAAAUACCGUACGAUAUUCUAUGUUAGUAUAAUUUAUACUGUGGGACAACUCUUGUUGGCCUUGAGUGCUGUACCGCCACUAGGAUUGCCACCAAGGGAGUUCGCAUUAGUGGGUUUGUUUCUUAUAGCUAUUGGUUCGGGUGGUAUAAAACCUUGCGUAUCAGCGUUUGGUGGAGAUCAAUUUGUAUUACCGCAACAGGAACAACAACUUUCGACUUUCUUUUCCGUCUUCUAUUUCUCAAUUAAUUCGGGUUCCUUAAUAUCCAGCUUUCUUACACCGAUAUUAAGAAGCGACGUUACUUGUUUUGGCGAUAAAACAUGUUAUUCCUUGUCUUUUCUAAUACCUGCCAUAUUGAUGUCAAUAUCGAUCGUGAUAUUCGUGCUUGGUAAACCUUUGUACAAAAUAGUCGAUCUCAAAGGCAAUAUCGUGGUUGAUGUUACCAAAUGCAUUUACUACGCGAUCAAGAAGAAGAUACAAUCAAAGGAAAAGGUAGAUCACUGGCUCGAUCACUCAUCGGACAAAUAUGGUCAAAAGUUAGUCGAGGACAUCAAAGAUUCCUUACAGGUAUUAAAGAUGUUCCUUCCUUUGCCGAUCUUUUGGGCUCUUUUCGAUCAACAAGGAUCGAGAUGGACGAUCCAAGCGACGAGAAUGGAUGGUAAAGUUGGUAAUUUCUUGAUACAAUCCGAUCAGAUGCAAGUAUUUAAUCCAUUGUUGGUUGUCAUCUUCAUUCCUAUCUUCGAGACUUGCAUUUAUCCAAUAUUUUCUAAAAUUCAUCUACUUAAUACACCUUUGAAGAAACUUACAGUCGGUGGUGUAUUAGCCGCACUAUCCUUCGUUAUAUCUGCUAUCGUUGAAUUACAACUUGAGAAAACAUACCCGAUACUGCCUACCACUGAAGAGGCCCAAGUAAGAAUUUUCAAUACCAUGAAUUGUAACGUAAUAAUAAAUAUUGAUGGUAAAGAUGAGACUAUUAAUGGUCUGGAUUUUUGGGAAAAUAUAAAUAUCAAAACUAUUAAUGGCUCGGCUAAUUUGAAGUAUUCUUUAAAUCCGACAGAUUGCUUCUCGAAAAAUUUCAUCAAAGAUGGAACGAUGGUUAUAACCGAAGCGAAAGCGAUAUCAUUCGCUAUUACACCUGAUGGAAUCAAGUAUAAUUACACUGACAAUGUAGCAAAACCAAAGAAUGGUUUGCCUCUGGUUCGUGGUCUUAUUUAUUUGUCAGUAGAAUCAAUGCAAAAGAAUACUAGCUUGAUGUUUUAUCAAGAAUCGAAACUUGUGGAUGAAAUUAUAUUAGAUAAGACAAAUAUCAAUAAAACUUCAUUACAUGAACUCAAGCCAGAUAAAUAUAAUAUUUAUUUAAAUGAAAAGCUAUUAUUACCAAAUGUGGAAUUAAAAUUAGGUGGAGUAUACACCAUUGUUGGUCAUGACAUACCAGAAGAAACAAAAUUGUCGAUUGUUACUGUAACACUUCCUAAUUCGAUGCAUUUGUUUUGGCUGUUACCACAAUACAUUGUCAUUACCAUGGCAGAAGUCUUGUUUUCAGUAACAGGAUUGGAAUUUGCAUUCACACAAUCACCUCCCAGCAUGAAAUCCUUAAUGCAAUCCUCCUGGUUACUUACAGUAGCUUUUGGCAAUCUUAUUGUUGUUAUUAUCGCAGAAAUAUCAUUCUUCAGUAGACAGGUUUACGAGUUCUUCCUAUUCGCAGGUCUAAUGCUUAUAUUUAUGAUAUUAUUUGGCAUAAUGACAAUGUUUUAUAAAUAUACGGAUAUACCUGAAACAAAUGAGGAAGAAAUCGUAUUAGAAGGGAAAAAUGGAACUGUUAAUCCAUCGUACAAGAACGACGAAAAAUGAAAAAUACAAAUAAAUCUUAAAGAUAUUUGAGUAUCUACCUGUUUUCAAUUUUCUGUUGAGUGAUACAAUAUAUCAAGCUCAAAGAUAAUGAAGUUUUCAUUGCAAAGAUCGUUACGUUGAAUGUGCAAUGAAAGAUAUACGUCGAGAUGGACGAUGAUGUUAUUAACGAUUAUAUGGAAAGGAGUUAAGUGUACGUGAAAAAAGUAUAAAAGUGAAAUUUUUGAAUCAUAGGAAAGAUCACAAAGGAAUUACGAGUAAUAUAUUUAUUUUUACUAGCUCAAAUAAAUUGUUAAGAUCUAUCACAAUAGAAUAAAACACGCAUUGCAAAUUUUGAUACAUACCGAACAAGUAUUACCGAGUUAAUAUUCCAUGUCUGUAAUUAGUUAUUGAAAAUAAAUUAGAAAUAUUUAUAA